AUGCCAGUUAUGAGGGACAUGCAAGGUGUGGGCGGAACGGGAGCAAGCACUGGCAGCAGUGGCAGAAGAAGCAGUACGGGCAUUAGUGGUGUCAGCGGCACAGGGGGUUGCUGUAGUGUGCCGUGCAGGGCCGCCUCCCAUGACAGCACCCGUGGUGCCAUUGCUGCUGUCAUGCCCAUUACUGCUGCCACCAAGCGCACAACUACCUGCCAGCACGGCACUCAGUGCGCUGUUCCGCUCACGUGUAUGCAGUGCAGCAGGGCGAGCAGUGGCAUAGCCAGCAUGCGCCCUUGCAUGCACAUCGCUGCCAAUGCCCUUGCCAUCGCUGCACGCCACCUCCUCCCCCAAGCCCGCCACACCCACGCCAUCUGCAUACACAGCAGCGCCUUUCCCCACCUCGCUGCACCCACUCAUCUCCUUCAAAGACGGUCCAUCACUGCACGUCCUACCCACCUCUCGCGCGCAUGCCACUUCCUCCUCCUCUCUCAUUCUGUGCGCAGCUUUCUCCCUCCUGCUGCACACAUUAUCCCUCUCAGCAUCUACUCUUUCUUUCUCUCCCAGAUCCCGUCCCCUCCCUGCAUUUUCCAAUUCCUCUCUCUGCCUCAUCUCUACUCCUUUCUGCCUCAUCUUUUCUCCUCUCUGCCUCCUCUUUUUCCCUCUUUGCCUCCUCUCUUCUCCUCUCGGCCUCCUCACUUCUCCUCUCUGCCUCAUCACUUCUCCUCUCAGCCUCCUCUUUUCCCCACUCUGCCUCCUCCUUUUUCCUCUCUGCUUCCUCUAUCUUGCUUUCUGCCUCAUCCCUUCUUCUUUCUGCCUCCUCUCUUCUCCUCUCUGCCUCCUGUCUUCUCCUCUCCUCCUCCUCUCUUUUCUUCUCUGCCUCCUGCCUUCCCCUCGCUGCCUCCGCUCUUUUCCUCGCGUCCUCCUUUUUUUUCCUCUCUUCCUCCUCUCUUCCCCUCUCUGCCUUGUCUCGUUGCCGAUCUGCCUCCUCCCUUGCUCGCCCGGCCUGCAUCCUUUCCUCUUCAACCUCGUCCACUGCUCGCUAUGCCUCUUCCAUUGCCCUCUCUGCCUCCCGCAGUGCUCACUCCAUGCUGCUUCUCUCCUGCUCCAUCUCACUGCACCUCGCCAUUGCCUCGUCCCUCCCGCACGGCCACUGCUAGUUCCUCCUCCACCUCCUCUUUCCGCCUCUUUGCUGCAUCCCUCUCCUCCUCUGCCACCCGACACAUCCUCUCCAUCUCCUCCACACCCCUCUCCUGCUCCGCACUCUCCUCUCCUCGUGUGCCCCUCGCCCCGCUCACCUCUCUCAUCACAUGCAUCAUCUCACUCCACGCCAUCUUCUGCAAUGCUUCUAAUCUCCUCUCUGCCUCGUCCCUCGCCCUCACCAUGUCUUCCGUUGAUUUCACACAACAGUCCCUUUCCGUCCUUGCCUCCUCCCUCUCCUCUUCUGCUCUCAACCUGUCCCUCUCCACCUGCAGCCUCCCACGCUCAGCCUCCAUCGCACCCCUUCCUUCCCUUAUCAGCAUCUCCCCACCCUCCUGCCUCCGCCUCGCCAUCUCCUCCCUCACCACCACCACCUCCAUCCUCCUCAUUUCCUCUCGCAUUCUUGCCUCCUCCUUGCACUCCUCCCUUAGCCCCUCCACAGACACUCUUCUCGUCACACUCUCAUCCAUUUCCGCUGCCACCAAAAAGCUCGUCCUUACUUUUUCCUGA